AUGGAAGUAAAAAACCACACGGGAGAAUCACAAUUCCUCCUCUUGGGCCUCUCAGAUAAUCCUGAGCUGCAGCCAUUGAUCUUUGGGUUGUUCCUGUCCAUGUACGCAGCCACAGUGCUUGGGAAUGUGCUCAUUAUCUUGGCCACCAUCUCUGCCUCCCAUCUCCAUACCCCCAUGUACUUCUUCCUCUGCAACCUGUCCUUUGUGGACAUCUGUUUUGUCUCCACCACAGUCCCAAAGAUGCUGGUGAACAUCCAGGCACACAGCAAAGACAUCACCUACAUAGAAUGUCUCAUCCAGAUGUAUUUUUUAAUGAUUUUUCCUGGAAUGGAUAAUCUCCUGCUGACCAUCAUGGCCUAUGACCGGUUUGUGGCCAUCUGCCACCCCUUGCGGUACACAGUGGUCAUGAACCCGCGCCUCUGUGGCCUCCUGGUUCUAAUCUCAUGGUGCUUCGUUUCCUGGGUCUCCCUGCUUCACCUUCUGCUGCUAAUGAGGCUGACUUUCUCUGCUGGUACUGAGAUCUCCCACUUCUUCUGUGAACUGGCUCAGCUUCUCAAGGUGGCCAGCUCUGAUACCUUCAUCAAUGACAUUACCAUGUAUGUGUCAACUGCCGUGCUGGGCUUGUUUCCUGCCACCUGGAUCCUCUUCUCUUACUCUCAGAUUUUCUCCUCCUUAAUGAAGAUGUCCUCUGCUGUGAGCAGGUAUAAAGCAUUUUCCACCUGUAGUUCUCACCUCUGUGUGGUCUCCUUGUUUUAUGGAUCAGCAUUUGGGGUCUACCUCAGUUCUGGUAUUACCCAAGCUUCGCUGAGAACCUCAGUUGCCUCAGUAAUGUACACUGUGGUCACCCCAAUGCUGAACCCCUUCAUCUACAGCCUGAGGAACAAGGAUGUGAAGAAAGCCCUAGGCCGGCUUCUUGGCAGAGCAGUGCCUUGUUGGGGUUGA